AUGCCAUCCAACAUGACAGAUCCAAUGCAGUCAGAGAAAUGUCUUAAGCAUGGCCAUUUCAUGCACAACCUAAACGCGAGCGCAGUAAAGAGUAUCUUCUGGAUUCUCUUCUUAAUUGUUCUCAUCAUGUUAACCAUUGCAACGAGUGUCUUUACUAAAAGUGCCCACAUAGCCACACACAUCAGAAACGCAGAAUUGCAUCCGACAAUUUCUAGAGAUCUCUCCCCAAGACUGCUCUCCAUCAGUAAAGAAAAGCAGCGUCGCACUCAAAUUCGAUGCAUCUAUGUCUCUUCCCUUUGUCUUGUUGUCGCAAUAAUCUGCACAGUUUUCGAAGCCUUCGCCGCAUCCAGUCUCAUCUUUUGUCAUGAAUUAGAUAUGGCCUUCCUAUAUUGGUCAUUCUGGACCUUGCUUCAAGUUGGCAGUACUAUUGCCAUUUUCGGUAUCGGAUUGGCUCAACUAUGGUCGUAUUUGGGAAGGGAGUCGCUUCCGGUCAAUGUCGCAAUCGGAACACCGGUUUUAAUCAUAGCCUGGCUAGGUGUGGCAAUUGAAUAUAUAUGUAAGGGAUGGGUGAGUGAGAAGACAUUAAAGAGCUUUGAAACUUUUGUCGACGAUUUAAUAGAUUCGCCUCGCCAAAGUGAACUCACCGCUGAAGCCAAGAACCAAGCCAGCACGUCCUCCGUCCCAACUGCCGAACUCUUAGGGUUUACACUCGAUAAUCGUCCCAUCAUUGCGUUCAAAAGAUUAUCCGGCACACCUCAUCCCAUGGCUCGUCACGUAAGUACUACUGAUGACGGUCGUUCAAUAUACAUAUAUGGGGCCAUGCCGACUGACCCCAUUGAUGUCGAUAUCAAUAACAACUCUGUGAGACCCAGUUUGUCUAUGGCUACUGGGCAGAUGGAACGACUAGGCAGAACGUCUCGCACCGUAACCUUUGACCGCGAACCUGAAGCUUCGUAUGCUCCUGCUUCGUCGAUGACAUCUCGAGCAAGUUUACUUCAUUCGAUACGUGGUGAGAGGUCCACGUCGAGAAGCCUCAACAGCGCUGGUGAAAGUAGAUUUGGAUCUGACGAACGUGUUUGGAGAUGAUGUGCAGGAAGAAUAAAAUGGAAACAGGGCUCUCAAUGGUCGCGAUUACAAUCCGAGAGUAGAGGGUCAUUGGUUUCUUUCGAAACCAGCCAACAAACCUGGUGCUCCAUUCUAAACUAUUAGACAAGAUGGGUGGAGGAUCUAAGCACUUAGCACGUGAGAUCGCUAUCUGCACACAGUAAUAUAUCGCUUCAUUCUGGAAUAGGAGAGGGAGGAAAAGGCCUCUGCUUAUGCCGCAGUCGUCAUUGGGAUGCUCAACAUGACGACACAAGCGGUUUACAUCAUUUAGGAUAUUUAGAUACUCCUAUGAAUCUCUAGCGAUGCAUCCAACAGACC